CAAGUUUGUCACACACUAUAUAUAAAAGCCGACCCAAUUUUUAUGAAGUAUUAGGUUGUCUGUCUCAUCACAUAGAUUCUCUUGAAUUUAUUUAUCCAAAAUUAAAAGAGAUGACAGAAGUUGUACCAAUUAUGAGGAUUGAUAGAAAAUCUUCAAUCGAAUUUGAGCCUCGUACUCUUAAUUUCCAACAAAUUCAAUCUGCAAGGGAUGCAGCUUUGUGCGUAUUAAAUUCGAGGAGUAUAGAAGAAGCAAAUCAAAUAUUUACAGAGGGUAUGGUGCCCGUAGUAGCCGGUGCAAGCCGAAAUACACCAUGGAUAAUCCCAACGAGUGGAUGUAGAGAUGAAGAAAAGGAUGUGUAUCAAACAUAUAGCAAUCAACAUCUCAUAAUGGACACAUCAAGGGAGGCGUUCACUGCUCCAUUUUAGGCCCUUUCUUAGUCAUGCUUUUAUUUUCUCUUCAUGUAACAGUGCACUUUAACCUGCUUCUGUAAAUAUAGCAGCAAUCCAGCACUUUUUUUUGUUCCCCUUUGAUACUAGGAAGUCUUUUCUGUUAGAGAAGCUUACAACAAACUUUGUAUAUUGUGUUCAAUCUUUAUAUGGACCGCCUAGUAGCAAUUGUUACAAUGUAUUUGUUCAUGAUCAUCAACAGUUGUUGGGCGUGGUUCAAAUUGUAAGGCCCAAUAUCUUGAUGGAGUGUAUGUGCGUGUUCUAGAGAAUUUUAGAGAAACCAAGCAAAAUGUGUGUUUUCACACGAUUUACUUAA